GCCUCGCUCUCCUCCCGCCUCUGCUCCGCGCUCCCUCCCCUGGCGGGCGCGCUGCCUGGAAGCCCCUGUAGACGCCGCGCGGCCGCUCAGAGCCAGCAGCUCGGGCGCGGGGACCAGAGCCGUAGCGGAGGCGGCGGGAGCGCGGAGACCAUAGCCCCGGGGGACCGGCUGAGGUUCCCGGCCUGGGCAGCGAGCCCGAGUGUGGCACUUUGGAGCAAGGGCUGCCCCAGUGCGGCGCGGACCCCGCCAGCCCGAGCUCCGGCCCGGGUCGCUGCAGCCCAGGAGCCUCUCCCCCGGCGCCCCAAGGUACGCGCGGCACAGCCAUGAACACCAACGAUGCCAAGGAGUAUCUGGCCCGGAGGGAAAUCCCUCAGCUUUUCGAGAGCCUUUUGAAUGGACUGAUGUGUUCUAAGCCUGAAGAUCCUGUAGAGUACUUGGAAAGUUGUUUACAGAAAGUAAAGGAACUAGGUGGCUGUGACAAGGUGAAGUGGGAUACAUUUGUCAGCCAGGAAAAGAAGACCUUGCCUCCACUAAAUGGAGGACAGUCAAGGAGAUCCUUUCUAAGAAAUGUAAUGCCUGAAAAUUCAAACUUUCCAUAUCGACGAUAUGACCGGCUCCCCCCAAUCCAUCAGUUCUCCAUAGAAAGUGACACGGAUCUCUCCGAGACCGCAGAGCUAAUAGAAGAAUAUGAGGUGUUCGAUCCCACCAGACCCCGACCGAAAAUCAUUCUUGUCAUAGGUGGCCCAGGAAGUGGAAAGGGAACUCAAAGUUUGAAAAUUGCAGAACGUUAUGGAUUCCAGUACAUUUCAGUGGGGGAAUUAUUGAGAAAGAAGAUCCAUAGUACCAGCAGCAAUAGGAAAUGGAGUCUGAUUGCCAAGAUAAUAACAAAUGGGGAAUUGGCCCCCCAGGAAACAACAAUUACAGAGAUAAAACAAAAGCUGAUGCAAAUACCUGAUGAAGAAGGCGUUGUUAUUGAUGGAUUUCCAAGAGAUGUUGCCCAGGCUCUAUCUUUUGAGGACCAAAUCUGCACUCCUGACUUAGUGGUAUUCCUGGCUUGUGCCAACCAGAGACUCAAAGAAAGAUUACUGAAGCGUGCAGAACAGCAGGGGCGGCCUGAUGACAAUCUAAAAGCCACCCAAAGAAGACUAAUGAACUUCAAGCAGAAUGCCACUCCAUUGGUUAAAUACUUCCAGGAAAAGGGGCUCAUCAUGACAUUCGAUGCUGACCGAAAUGAGGAUGAGGUGUUCUAUGACAUCAGCGUGGCUGUUGACAACAAGUUAUUUCCAAACAAAGAGGCCACAUCAGGUUCAACUGACCUCGAUCCUUUGAUGAUGUUGGACACUGGAGAAAUCAUUGAUACAGAAUCUGACUAUGAAGACCAG